AGAGCUUAAUUAGAAGAUUGUCGCACAAUGACACUAUCGUGAUGUGUGUAAUCGCGGCGCGACACUCGAAGCUCUCCUCGGAUCCUACCGUGAUCCGCAUGUUCUGUUCAAGGUAGUCGUCUCUCGGCUUCCGCGACAGACACGCGUCUCCUUUGUGUGCAUUCUAUAGUUUUUGACUAAAGGUACCUAUACAUAAAUCGAUUGCAAAAAAUAAACUUGGUCCAUAACUCUUCAAUUUGUAUACAAACAGACGUAUAUUUGUAUACAAACGUAUUUGUGUACUUAAGCCGAUAAAUCACCGAAUUGUUUGCACUUCACUCUGUGGAACAUUUUUUCAUUUAUUCAUUUUCUCAAUUACUAUAUAAACUCUCUUUCUAUAUGUCGUAAUUUGUACGAUAGUUCAUCGUUUAAAUAAGUGAUUAUUUGUUCCUCGCUUCCAGUAAAUAUUUAAAUAGGCACAAGAAUUACCGAAGCAGAAACAAACGAUUCAAUAGCGUGACUAUCAGUUGCUACUUCCGAGACGUUAACAGAACUGUCAUUAAGCAUUAGAUGAAAAUAACGCCUGGUCUAGACGACGCACACAUUUCGUUCUUGAGAUUUUAAGAGAACGCGUUAAAUCUUUUUGGAGGUGUGUUAUAUUAAAACAGCGAGAUUCCGUUUUGCAACAACAAGAUGACUUCGGAAGGUACUUCGGACGACUUAGGCUUAGCGAACUGGGUACCGGAAAUGCCUACCGUUCAGGAAAUUAGCAAGUCGUUUCAAAACUUCGGUGCAUCGGACUACGCUGUAUUCUCUGUUAUGUUGGUCUUGUGCGGGGCGGUUGGAGUUUAUUUCGGUUUUGUGAAAAAAUCUUUCGGUGAAGAUGAGUACUUGGUUGGAGGAAGGAACAUGAAGACNUUUCCAGUCGCUCUCAGUCUGAUAGCCAGCUUUAUAUCGGGUAUCUCGUUACUUGGCACACCUACGGAGGUUUACGUGUACGGCACGAGCUAUCUUUUUAUCAUUCCUGCGAUCAUUAUUGUUGGUUUUAUCAUGUCUAUCAUGUUUUUGCCGGUCUUCCACGAUCUCAAGCUCACCAGUACCUACGAAUAUCUUGAAAAGCGUUUCGAUAAAAAGCUCAGAUUGCUGGGUUCGCUUCUUUUCGCGAUUGGCAUUAUGACUUGGCUGCCGAUCGUCAUCUACGUACCCGCAUUGGCUUUUAAUCAAGUUACUGGAGUGAAUGUACAUAUAGUCACACCGUUUGUCUGUAUGGUUUGCAUAUUCUAUACCUGUGUGGGCGGUCUUAAAGCAGUAGUAUGGACGGAUUCGAUUCAGAUUUUUAUCAUGUACGGCUCCAUGUUACUAAUUGUAAUUAAAGGCACGAUUGACGUCGGUGGAUGGUCUGUGGUGAUACGAAGAAAUCUAGAAUCCGGAAGAAUCGAAUUUCCUAAGUCCGUGUACAAAGCAUUACUUCCGCAUGAGCAUUGCAUUUUUUCCAACAGGACAGAUUGGAGUCCGUUUACAAGACUUACAAUUUGGGAGCUCACGAUAGGCGGUUUUAUGCACUGGUUGCAAGUCUCUUGCAUCAAUCAAAAUAUGAUUCAACGAUACUUGUCGCUUCCCAGUUUGAAAUUAGCCAGGAGGGCACUUUGGUGUUUUAUAUUCGGUACUACCCUUCUGGUUCUUAUAUGCGGAUAUUCCGGUCUUGUAAUUUACGCUUGGUAUCAUGAAUGCGAUCCACUCACGACUAAGUUGGCACUUGCUAAGGAUCAAUUGCUGCCGUUNUUAGUUAUGAACGUGCUAGGAGCAUUUCCAGGACUACCUGGUCUCUUCGUAGCUGGCGUGUUCAGCGCCGCGCUAAGUUCAUUGUCGACCGGUUUAAACUCUAUGGCAGCUGUGGUGUUGGAGGACUUUGUCAAACCUUUUAUCAAGACUCCCUUUACACAAAAAUCCACUGAUAUCUUUAUGAAGCUCACGGUCGUCAUCUUAGGGGCGAUUUGCGUUGCGCUUGUCUUCGUCGUCGAACAGGCAGGCACACACGUGCUACAGUUGUCCACAAGCUUAGGCGCCAUUACGACUGGACCGUCACUUGGUAUCUUUUGCAUGGGGAUACUGUUACCUUGGAUUAACGCCAAGGGCGCUCUAGGCGGAGGACUUGCAGGUUUGAGUUUCAUGGGUUGGCUUAUCCUUUCCGCUGAAGCAGCUAUUGCCAGUGGAAAAAUUACAUUUGCGGCAAAGCCUGUUACUACAGAGGGUUGCACCUACUCAUUUCCACAGAUAGAAAAUUUAUUGUUAUCUGUGCCGCCAGUAGCAGACGACGCGAGUGGAGAGGAAUCUUGGGCAUUAUAUCGUCUUAGUUAUUUUUGGUAUACCAUUACUGGUGCUUUUGUGACUAUGAGUGUUGGACUUCUCAUAACUCUUAUCACUUCCGAAGAUAUUGAAAAAUUAGAUCCGAUGCUUGUGGCACCUUUCGUACGAAGAUUCUUAAAAACCUCAAAUAAACACGGUUCACCUGAAGAGCUUCAUCAAAUCAAGGUUGCAAAGUCAGAUGAGAAAAUGGUAUCUCGUGGUCUCAAUGAGAAUGAUAAAUUAUUAUUAGAAAAGAGCGAGAUUCCGUUUUGCAACAACAAAAUGACUUCGGAAGGUACUUCGGAUGACUUAGGGCUAGCAAAUGGGGCACCCGAAAUGCCUACUGUUCAGGAAAUUAGCAAAUCGUUUCAAAACUUCGGUAUAUCGGACUACGCUGUGUUCUCUGUUAUGUUGGUCUUGUGCGGCGCAAUUGGAAUUUAUUUUGGUUUUGUGAAAAAAUCUUCCGGUGAAGAUGAGUACUUGGUUGGAGGAAGGAACAUGAAGACGUUUCCAGUCGCUCUCAGUCUGAUAGCCAGCUUUAUAUCGGUAUUUACACAGUUGGCACUUGCUAAGGAUCAAUUGCUGCCGUUGUUAGUUAUGAACGUGCUAGGAGCAUUUCCAGGACUACCUGGUCUCUUCGUGGCUGGCGUGUUCAGCGCCGCGCUAAGUUCAUUGUCGACCGGUUUAAACUCUAUGGCAGCUGUAGUAUUGGAGGAUUUUGUCAAGCCUUUUAUCAAAACUCCUUUUACGCAAAGGGUCACUGAUAUUUUUAUGAAACUCACGGUCGUCAUCUUAGGAGCGAUGUGCGUUGCGCUUGUUUUUGUCAUCGAACAGGCAGGCACACACGUGCUACAGUUGUCUAUAAGCUUAGACGCCAUUACUACCGGACCGUCACUUGGUAUCUUCUGCAUGGGAAUACUGUUACCGUGGAUUAACUCUAAGGGUGCUCUAGGCGGAGGACUUGCAGGUUUGAGUUUUAUGAGUUGGUUUAUCUUUUCCGCUGAAGCAGCUAUCGCUAGUGGAAAAAUUAAAUUUGACACAAAGCCUGUUACUACAGAAGGUUGUACCUACUCAUUUCCACAGAUAGACAAUUUAUUGUUAUCUGUGCCGCCAGUAGCAGACGACGCGAGUGAAGGGGAAUCUUGGGCAUUAUAUCGUCUUAGUUAUUUUUGGUACACCAUGACUGGUACUUUGGUGACUGUAAGUGUUGGACUUCUCAUAACUCUUAUCACUUCCGAAGAUAUUAAAAAAGUGGAUCCGAUGCUUGUGGCACCUUGUGUACGAAGAUUCUUAAGAACCUCGAAUAAACACGGUGCACCUGAAGAGCUCCAUCAAAUCAAGGUUGCAAAGUCAGAUGAGAAAGUGGUAUCUCGUGGUCUCAAUGAGAAUGAUAAAUUAUUAUUAGAAGCGACUUCAACAUGAUAGUAAAGUUAAGUAACGGAAUGUGUUAAACGUACUUCUAAGGUUUGUUAUUUGAUUAAAAAAAAUGCGAUAUAUCUUAAUUCAAUCGCGUAUCUAUUUGUAUAAAAAUCGA